CUUGACAAAGCCCUGGCUGGGAUGAUUUAAUUGGGGAUUGGUCCUGCUUUGAGCAGGGGGUUGGGCUAGAUGACCUCCUGAGGUCCCUUCCAACCCUGAUAUUCUAUGAUUCUAUUGUUCCUUUCUUCACCUCCUCCCUUGCCACUUUAAAACAACCCCCACUCAAAAUGUCGGUCAUCAACAUUUCUAAAAAAAUCAUAACCACAGUCACCUUGUCCCUCCUUCUAAGUACCAUGCAGGGUUUCCCCAACCCCAUUUCAUUUUUGUUUGGAAUUUUAUUACAUUGUUGGGAUUAUUUUGUGCUAUCAUUAAAUUAUUGAACAGUGUCCCCAGCACCUUGGCAGAUGGGUACUGUCCAAAAUCAAUGAUUAUUAUUAGUAGUGUAACAGCAGAAAUAAUCCUUUUUGUAAAGCAAACAAAAUGUAAGAGAAGAAAAAUUGAAGACUCUGACUGCCAAUCAUCAGGAUUAGCACCACACCUGGAAACAAAUGACAUUAGCCUGGAGUGUCCCGGCCAGCAUGCAUUGUUGAUUAGGACAAUUACCAUACAGAGAAUGCACCUGUCCAGAAGUGUAGAUGUACCAGCGGGAGACGUAUGUGCACAUUUUGAAUUGAUUCAUAGAGAUGUCAUGAUUCAUAAGAUGCUGAAUUCAACUGCAUUUCAACUGGCAGAGUCAGAAAAGGGAGGGUUUUUUGAAAAUAAGGCCCACACAAUGGCAUAUGACCAUGAUGCAGAAGACAUCCUGAAGCCUCUGGUCUUCCGUCUCCAUGAGAGCGUUCCUGAAGCAGUCCGUGAGGUCUUACUGGAACGUGGUUGGAGUGAAUUUGAUGAACAAGAGCAAGAUGAAGCAGACUGGAAUCUGUACUGGCAGAACUCCCCUUUCCGUAUGACUGACCACCGUAGCAUUAAACCAUGGCAGAGGCUCAAUCACUAUCCAGAAACAGUCAGGAUCACAAGGAAAGACUAUCUGGCAAGGCAUCUGAAACGCAUGAAGGGAAUUUAUGGACCAUCUCUUUACGAGUUUAGUCCAAUGGCAUUCAUCAUGCCUAACGACUAUGUCAAGUUUAUAGCAGAAUACACUAAGGAGAGACAGUCACAGGGCAGAAAGGCAAGCUAUUGGAUUUGCAAGCCUGUGGGUCUAUCUCGUGGAAGGGGCAUUCUCAUUUUCCAGGACAUUAAAAACUUUGUAUAUGAUUGCAUGGUCAUUGUGCAGAAGUACAUUAGUAACCCUUUGCUUAUUUCUGGGUACAAAUGGGAUCUCCGCCUCUAUGUCUGUGUCACCAGUUUUUGCCCCCUUACCAUUUACACUUAUGAAGAAGGGCUAGUGAGGUUUGCCACUGAAAAGUUUGACCUUGGUUCUCUGGACAACGUCUAUGCCCAUCUGACAAACACCAGCAUCAAUAAAUUUGGCGCCUCAUACAAAAAAAAUAAAGAAGGGAUCGGCCGUGGCUGCAAAUGGACAUUCAGCAAAUUCCGUUCUUACCUACGCAGCCAUGAGGUGGACGACCUGCUUCUGUGGCGGAGAAUACACAACAUUGUAAUGCUGACCCUGCUCGCUAUAACCCCUUCUGUUCCACUGACGUCCAAUUGCUUUGAGCUCUUUGGGUUCGACAUUCUGAUCGAUGACACAUUCAAACCAUGGCUUUUAGAAGUAAACUACAGCCCAGCCUUGCGCCUAGACUGUUCCAUCGACAGAACAGUGAAAAAAAGACUUCUCCAUGACAUCAUUGAAUUGCUAAAUUAUAAGCAAACUGACACCUUGAGAGAAAACAAAGGGGCUGGCACUAAAGCUUCCUAUGCUGGUAGAACACACAUCCCCUUGACAACACAGGGUGAAAAUGCAACAGAUGAUGUUCCCGAUUUCCUUGCUUCUAGGCAAGAAAGUGAAUGCACUGCCACUUCUGCAGUGCAGUCUCUCUUGGAGGUUACAGGAGGUACGUUUAAGAAGGAGGCCAUAGGGAUGGAGAAAAUGGCCAGAACACAUCCAAGGAAAACACUAACCUCACAGCUCCGGGAAAGGAUGAACAGGCCGAAAACAUCUUCGCAAUCAAAGGCGGUGUCUAAAAGCAACCAGCUGUCAGGAGCUAGACACCCUGCACAUGCAUCUGUCCAGGUCACCCAUUGGUUGCCUACCACUGAGUUAUGUAACUACAAAUUAACUAUUCCUCCAUAUUUUCUCUCCACUAAAGACAAAAGGCCCUUCCCUCGAGUAGGUGAUUUUGUCCUUAUAUUUCCUUUCAACGAUGCUGCGCUUGAAGCCUCCAGAAAUGGAAUAGAUGUAAAAAGCAUCAUACAAGAAAUACACAAGUUAAUGAACAAACAGUUGCCCCCAGGACAGCAGAAAGUAAAGAAGAGAAAAGAUUAUUUAACUUUUAGAUAACUCAGUAGAUGUUAGGAAAUAAGCUGCCACACAAUGAAAGAGGAAGACAAUAACCAGAUAUGAAUGGUGCUGGGCUAUUGACCCAUCUUAGCUGGUGGUUUAGUUUGAAGAUGGUGGGUAUGUGCUGAAGUCAUCUCAGAAAUAGGGAUCUUGCAAAACCACACACAAUUUGAAAAUGUCUCUUGUAAUUUAACAAUGACCCUGGGAAAUUAUUUUUUUAAAUAAAAGACUGAAUUGCAUAAUUAA